UUGAGGUGGUUAUAAUAUUUUCAAAUCAAAUUAAUAUUAAUCAAUGAUACUCAUCCUCUAUUCAAAUCAAUAUGAUGUGAAUUUCAAGAAUAUUUUGGUAAAUGUUAAUAGGGGAUUUAAACAGAAAUGUCUCUUCCGAAGAUAAUCUUUUAAAAGUUAACAUAUGAAAGUAUCAAAAUAUUGUGUUAACAACAAUGUUUUGUCGGUCUUUGUGAUCUUCUAUUAACAAAUUGUGUAUCUAUUUCCUUGAGGAUUUGGUGCUUUAAUGAAGCCUCGUGAGGAAAUCCUCGCCAAUGCACAAUAUUUUGCCCGGGACGCACUUGCAGAUCUCCGGCAGGAUGAACUUUACCUGAACACUGUUGAGGGACAAGAGAUUGUGGAACUUGCCAGCCACAUUGACUACGAGGCGGAAGACUUCAUUGAAGCAGCAGAGGUGAUCACAAAGGAUCUUUUGCAAGUAGUAAUGUCUGCAGAAGGCAAGCUGCCUGGAUCGUCUGCAAACUGUGCCAUCAUCAAGAACUAUCAAGUUUAUCAGAUGAGUAGCAGGGCUUACAGCACAUUUGUGAAGCUGCUUGGAAGUGACAACCAAUCAAAGUUUUUUCAGCAGUAUGUGCUACGGGUCAUGUUAGAGAAAAUCAUGAAAGACAGUAUUAAGGAGGACUUUGAUGCUGGAGCUCCAGUAGAUGAACUAUCUAUCAUGUGAGGAGGAACAAGCCCUCCGUCACCUGGCUGGGUACAUCCCUUUUACUCUCCACAGACGCUAUAGCAAACUUCAGUCAAACCCUGCAAAGAAAUUGGCAG